CGGGACUUUGUGUGGUGGGGAACCAUCAUUGGAGUGGUGGUUCUUACAGGUGCGUGUGCUGCGAAUCCAGGCCCCGAGCGCGGGUGGUGGGCUCAAAACUGACCUGAUGGGCCAACCCGGCGCAGUUCUAUGUCUUGUCGGCUGCACUUCUGCCGCCCCGGGCGUUCCUGAGCUAUCCCUCCUGACCGUUCACGGUCCGGAGCUUAGCGGCAUCGAGCAUGUCGACAUUGGGCUUUAUGGUCUCUGCAUCAGGACCUCUCACAGCCUCGACUGCCGCCCCACGGCCGGCUACGACAUCGGCGCCCUCGUCGAUUCGUUCCACCCGCCGCCCAACGGCACCAUCUCGCCGAACCUCUACCUCCUCCUCGAGACGUCGCUGCGCCUGCAGUCCAGGGUCCUGGUCAGCCCGCUCCCGGGCGCCGGCGUGGCCUUCAGCCUGGCCCUCGUGUUCUGGUACCUCAAGCGGCGCGCGGACCCGGAGGACGGCGGCGGCAAGGCGCUCCCGCGCUGGUCGGGCCGGCUGUUCUGGCUCCUGGCGGCCAUCUCCUUCACGCUCGCGCUGGGCGCCGCGCUCUGCACCACCGUCGUCGUCGGCGCCGCCGUCUUCGUGUCCGGGCUCGCGCCGCCCGACAGCCCGCUGCUCGUCGACGCCUACGCGAGGCACGUCGUCGCGCUCGAGUGGGUCGUCGUCUGCCUCGUGCUCUUCUUCAUGCUGCUCGCCAAGGAGCGGUGCGGUAAGUCCGAGGCCGACGCGGCCCCCGUCCUGCCCAUCACCGAGAAGAAGAAGAAGAGGAAGAAGAACGGGGAGGGGGCGGUCAAGCCUGACCCGAGUGACUCGAGCACGGUCUGCGGCGGCUCCAGCUCCGACGGGACGUUGACCGGGCCGUUUGGCCGCCCUCCCGCGUUCCCAGGGCACAAGUCUGAUAUGGCCAAGCAGGUUCAGCCCCCGUCGAAGAUGCAGCCGCCGCCCCGGCCCCCGGGAAGGACGCCAGCCUCCACGUUGGGUGGGCCCUUCGCAACUUAUUGUAACGCUCCUGGCGACCCGGCGCCCGGCGCUCCGUUACAGCGGCCUGCGAUGGCAGUAGCGCUCACUCGCCAGCCGACGCCGGGACACGUGAGCGAGGCCGAGAGCACUUCUUCGUCGGCUUCCUCCCAAGCGCCAUCCCAGUCGGUCGCCCGUCCCGCCGACCCCGGUCGAAAGGGGAAAGUACGGCGGUUCAAUAAGCGACUAGCCGAUCAGCCGGCUCCCCGCCUGCCACACGCCCUUCAGCAAAUCCCACAGGGCUCUUUCCCGGCUCGUCCGCGGCCAUCCUAUCAGGCAGACGCACGAACCGCCAGCUCGAUUCCAUCUUCACGCCCAAGAUCUAUCCAGACAACCCCGCCACCCUCUGUCCGGUCUCAAGGCGCAGCAACCGGAACGUCGCAAACGCCGCCGCCGAGCGAGGACGAGGUGCGGGCGUGGCGCGAGCAUCUGGAAGCCAGAGAACAUCAGCAAGACGAACAGGUACUGCUGAUCGAGGAAGCCCAGGCCCGGCUGGACCAACGAGCGCAGGCGACUAAACGGGCCCGGCAUGAUCUGCGGGCCCAAGAAUGGCGGGUCCGCGAGGAAAGGCUGGCGAUCCAGGCCGAGCGAGACGAAGACGAGAGAGCCCGGCAAGCCCGGCAAGCCCAGGCCGAGAAAGACCGGUCCCGGGCGGCCCGGGCCCAGCGAAGCCAGGACAAGAUGCAGGCAGCCAGGGCCACCCUCGACUCGGCGCUGUUUUCCCGCCAGUUGAGCCGCCGCAGCCAGCAGGCGGCCCAAGCCGCCGCACCCACCGCUCCGCAUCCAGUUCCGGGUCUUCUCGUAACCGAACCGACAUUCCACCAGGCCGAGAGCGACCCGGACCCCCGGGGGCGCGCGGCCCGCCCGUGGGACGACAAGACGCCGGAGCGGUCCAUGUCCGUGCAGCCCGGCAGCAGGGGGGCCGACGACGUGCUGCAGCGGACGCAGUCCAUGUCUUCGGGCAGGAAGGUGAAGAUCGAUCCAACGCUGCGCCCCAGAAGCAAAUUGUCCGAGUAA